AUGUUAUUUCGUUCAAUAUUUAUUAUUACUGUUCUUAUUGGUCUUAUAUUUUUUGUUUUUGUUCAAUCUGAACAAUCAAGUUCGGUAUCUUCUGAUCGUUUAAAAUCAAAACUUCCAUCAAUUGUUGGUCCAGAAGCAUCUCAAUGGCUUUCAACGCGUAAUAUUCCAUCACGUCGUUGGCGUCGUCCCCAUGUAAGCCAACCAUCGGCAGAAGUCGAUCAAGCUUAUAAACAAUUACAAUCACUCAAUGACAAUGGUAUUCGUCAAUUUGAUACACAAUCAUUUGAAGGUGUUUCAAUGGAAGUUAUAUUCGAAAUGGUUUACAAGCAACAGAAUAAUGCUGCUUCUCGUUAA